CCCGGCUUCCGUCGAGUUCGCGUCAAAGCGCUUGACGUCAGCAUAACAACAACCUGUCAUGACAGCUCGUAUGGGGGGAAAAUUAAUCGAUUAAAGAUUUGAUCUUGAGUUACAUAAAACUGGUUUCUCUUGGAUGUGGGAUUCCUGCUGAAAGGAAGGACGGGGCAUUCUUAAACCUGUCGUUUAGCCAGCCGAAGAGACGGGGAACAGGAUAGGGAAGCAGGGCGAGGCGGGCCCCGCGGAGCCGGUGGAGAAGAUGGCCGGCAGCCCGGAGAAGAGUUCCACCGCGCAGGAGCUGAAGGAGCAGGGAAACCGGCUGUUCCUCUGCCGCAAGUACCAGGAGGCUGCUACGUGUUACAGUAAAGCUAUUAACCGUAAUCCAUCCGUGGCAGUAUACUACACCAACCGAGCUCUCUGCUAUGUGAAGCUGCAGCAGCAUGACAAAGCCCUGGCAGAUUGUAAGCAUGCGCUGGAGCUGGACAGUCAAUCAGUUAAGGCACACUUCUUCUUGGGUCAGUGUCACCUGGAGCUGGAGAACUACGAUGAGGCCAUCGGGAACCUACAGAAAGCUUAUAACCUGGCAAAAGAACAAAGGCUGAAUUUCGGAGAUGACAUCCCCAGUGCUUUGCGCAUUGCCAAGAAAAAACGCUGGAACAGUAUUGAGGAGAAGCGCAUCAACCAGGAGAACGAGUUACACGCCUAUCUGACCAAACUUAUACUGGCUGAGAAGGAAAGAGAACUAGAAGAAUACAAAGAAAAACAAGAUGACAAUCAAAAUGGAGGCGACGCUGCCAAGAUCUCCUCAAAACAUGACAAGUAUCUAAUGGAUAUGGAUGAGCUCUUCUCUCAAGUGGACGAGAAAAGAAAAAAGCGAGAGAUUCCUGAUUAUCUUUGUGGGAAGAUCAGUUUUGAGCUGAUGAGGGAGCCCUGCAUCACACCCAGUGGGAUCACCUAUGAUCGUAAGGACAUUGAAGAGCACCUACAGCGAGUUGGUCAUUUUGACCCAGUCACCAGGAGUCCCCUGACCCAGGAUCAGCUGAUCCCCAACCUGGCUAUGAAGGAAGUGAUAGACGCCUUUAUCCAGGAGAACGGCUGGGUGGAGGACUACUGAGGAGAGAGCUCCCAUUUCUCCUUCAUGCCCCCAAACCCAACUCAAAGCCUGGAUAACACAAGACUAUAGAGAACAGAUCACCCCUUGCCUGGAUAUGUGCUUUACACAAGCAGGAAAAGCCACACUAAGGACUACCAAACGGGAGCCACGUAUCUUGGUCUGCCUCCUCUCCCUCCCAUUUUCUCCUCCCUUAUCUUCACCGUCUGAGGCAUCCAUGACCUGCCGCUCCCUUUAAAACCUCCUUUCAUUCUGCUCCUUCUAGUCUUUCUCUCUGACUUCCUCUCUGUCACGAUGUUUCUGGUCUUUUCAAGCCCGACUCCUUUCUUUACUCAAAUAUGGGCCUCUCUCUCAGGUCCUCCCUCUUCUUCUCUCUUUCUCUGAGUGCCAGUCGUCGGAAAGCAUCACCAUUGCACUCCAGUGUUUCACACAAACCAUCAAUUAUUUUAAAAAAAGAAGAAGAAGAAAAAAUCCACACUUUUGGUGGCAGAAUUGAUGAAAACAUUGGCUUAUUUGAUGUUUACUCUAGUAUUUUCUAGUCAUCUUUUUCCAUUAAGUAAUUUAGCAUUCAUCCACUUCUUAAUGUACAUUUAUCGAAGUGGUAACUAAAAUGCCAAAAACCUGUCGCGAACGAGGGUUGUUUGUAUGCAAGUUUUAAAAUAAUCGAUAAUCGGAAAGGGAAACGAGUCCCUUUCUCAUACGGCCACCUCACCACAGUGUACGUUUUUAUUAGUUUGUUUAGUUUUAUUCACAUAUCAAUCACACCCCAUUACAGACAAUUGAGAUGAACUGAAUGUAUUCAUUAUAUAUUUCUUAGGUUUGGACUUAACCUUCAGUAAUUCAAGAUGCUUUUUUUAAGUAUCAGGACAAUGUUAAGGUUUUCAUGACGAGCCUUGAACUGAAAGGCCUUUAAACUGGAAGCAGAAAACAAAAUGCUGUAUUACAAAAAAACCCAAUAAAUGUGUUCUUUUUGCUGGAUAAUAAUUUAAAACCUUUAAAUGUUUGGAUUGGACCGAUUACAUCAGCUGCUUUGAGGACUGGUCCGUGCUGUCUGUGUCUCGUGCUGUUUACCUGGUAUGACAGUGGACGCUCGCAUCAAGCAUGAAGUGAAUUUUGUUCUCCUUUGUAUCAAAAUACAAAGAUAAGCUGUGUUUCUGGGGUUUUUUGUUUUUCCACCUUCUCGCUGUUGAUUUUUAUGCACCUUCUCCUCACAGUUUCGAAGAAAUCGGCCGCAGAAGCUUGCGGAAACCAAUCGCCUGUGUGAACCUAACUUUAAAGUUUGAGAAAGUUAAAGUUCCCCAGCAUCGUGGCCCCCCGACCCGUUUCACAGAAAUGCUGGAAGAGUUACAAAACCGUAUCUCAUCUGUACCUCAGUCUCUCUCUGUAAACCGCAUUUUUAGUCGAGUGCUGUUAGUUUACAGGCUUUUUCAGCUGAAUGUGUCUGUGUUGAAUUAGGCCUGCUAGUGGAUUGUAUUGGGCUGCAGGUGGUGUACAUAAUUUGCUGGUGUAUUUCAGGUUUUGUUUCUUGACAAAAUAUUCAUUUUUUUGUCAUGUUCUUUUUCUUUUUCUUUUUUUUUUCUUGAACUCUUAGAGCUUGAGAAACUGUAUUAAAUGUAGAUAUGUUGAUAACAUAAACACCUGAUUCAGUUUUUGUUUGUCCCCAUUAAACCGUGAACUACGA